AUGACAGCAAAAAUUAGUCAGUUUUAUUUACAAUUAAAUCCUAAUGCAUUAGAAAAUGUAAGGAAAGAGUUUAAUUUACACAGAUUAGGCGAAAUGGAUCAAUGCAUAGAUAUUUUAAAUGAUUGGAUUAAAAAACAAGAUCAUUUCGUGAAGAAGGAUUUACCUAGAGAGUAUUUGGAGAGUACUAUAAUUUCCGCCAAGGGAUCUGUCGAGGUAGCGAAAAAAAGAAUAGACAGACUCUUCACACUGCAAACAAUGUCCCCAAACCUUUUUUUAAAGUGCCACGCAACAAUAGAUUUUCCCAAUUUACGCAAUUUUUUCCUAAUGAUCACUAUGCCUUAUCCUUUUGAAGAUAACAGCAGAUUAAACGUAGGAAAACUCAUGACAAAAUCUAUCACACCUUCGGAUUGCUUGGCGACGUAUCAACAUUUAAGAAUUAUUCUUGAAUAUAUCAAACUUCAUGAUUAUUGCAUCGGCUACCACGCCAUCUAUGACUUAGGCGAUGUAAACAUCUCAUAUCUUAUAAGCAACAUAGACUGGAUCGAUUUACGAUCCGCCAUCGAUAUGUUAAUCGAAGUAUAUGGGUUCAGAGUAAUGAGCUUUUACCUUAUAUCCCCGUCAAAGAUGAUCAACGCACUUGUGACACUUGUGAAGCAAAUAGUUAGUGAGAAAAUUGGCAAACGGAUUCAUGUAGUAAAAAAAUAUGAAGACUUACACAGAGUCAUGCCGAAACAAUUCCUACCUAAAGAUUUUGGUGGAGAGCAGAAAUCAAUUUUGGACCUGUACGACGAAAUGAAUGAAUUUCUCACAUCUGCGCAUCACUUAGCUCACAUGGAGGAGAUGAAAAACGCGCGCACCAUCGAAGAGCUAAGAUCUUCAGACAACUUUAACACGGAAUACCUCGGGAUGUCAGGCUCUUUUAAGAUGCUCAAUGUAGAUUAA